AUGACCAGGCCUAAGUUGCUAAAUCUUCCGCAGGAGCUGAAAGACGGGAUUAUAAAGAACCUCGACAUACUAGACAGAGCUCGGACUCGGCUAGCCUUCCCACCUUCGGUGUUAUAUCUACAUUCGACAAACAAGCCAGAGGUUCAACACGCAAGAGUCUGGUGUACUAUAUUCCAGCCAGAUUAUUGGAAACUAGCAGAGAAAAUUUCACGUCGAGGCGAACUUGUAGUACUAGGUUCUGACCUAGAGUUCUUAUAUGACGCCAAGCCUCUACCUAAAGACUAUGGACCACUACACCUUUAU